AUGACUUCGGUGGUGGAAAAGGCAGUGGAAAAUCUUGCGAGAAAUGAUGUGGAAAUCUUCCGUGUGAGUGUUGAGAUCCUCCUGAGGCUGCUGGACAAUGUGAUCUGUGAACCGAAGAACCUGAAGUACCGGACAAUUCGUCUGGAGAACAAGACGAUCAAGGAGAAAUUGCUCGUCCUCGAUGGCAUGAAGGAUCUGCUGCUGGCGCUGGGAUUUGAGGAGGAUGGCCGAGGUGCUCUCACGCUGUCCACGAAGGUCCUGGUGGGCAGCCUCAAGAAGUACCGCGCCCUCGUCCAGGAGACUCUGCAGAGUGUGGCCAAGGCGGAAGAAAAUGCAGAGUCAUCUUCGGCGAAAUACCACCGCCCAGUGUACGGGAAGCCCAGGAAGCCGCUGCCCAGUGAUGGGCAGAGUGUCGUUGAGACUGGGAACGCCUUCCUCAGGGAAAUUGAGAACAGAUCCAAGCUGGUGAUGACGUAUGAGGAUGAGGAUCUGCAGGAGUUCGGCAGGAGUUGCAUUCCAACUGAGAAACUGCGUCUGCAGACGCUGGAGAAGCUGCGACAGAUUCAGAAGGCCAUCCGAGGAGGCGCCUGGCAAGAGCCAGAGCCAGUCUACGAGGAUCUGUUCCUCGUGGAAUUCACCGAGUGGUUCAACACCUCCUUCUUCACCUGGAUUAAUCAGAUUCCAUGCAAAGUGUGCCAUCAGCAGGCCAGAGGACGCCAAUCCGCCAGCGUGGAGAACGGGAUCCGCGUGGAGGAGCUGCACUGCUGCUCCACGGUCACUCGCUUCUACCGCUACGAGGACGUGGCCACGCUCCUGACCACGCGCGUCGGAAGAUGCGGAGAGUACGCCAAUUGCUUCACAUUCCUCUGUCGCUGCCUGGGCUACGAGGCGCGCUACGUCCUGGCCACCUUUGACCACGUGUGGACGGAAGUGUACUCGCCCACGCAGAAGCGCUGGCUCCACGUCGAUCCCUCGGACAACGUCGUGGACGCGCCGCUGAUGUAUCAGCACGGCUGGAAGAGGACCGUUGACUACGUGACCGCCCACUCGAGGGACGACGUCCAGGACGUCACGUGGCGAUACUGCAAUGACCACUCGCAGCUGCUGAGGCGCAGGAACAAGUGUCCGGAGGAUGAGCUGCUCCGAGUGCUGCUCAGAAUCCGGGAGAAGAAGCAGAAGCUCUGCUCUGAGACCAGAAAGAAGUGUCUGGCCAAGAGGACGCUGGCCGAGCUGGUGGAGUUUAUGGCGCAGCGAGAUCCGACAGUGGACGAGCUGAAGGGCAGAUCGUCAGGGAGCCUGGCUUGGAGGCAAUCGCGAGGAGAACAGCUGUCCAGCGCCUUUUUCACCUUCGGCGCCACUGAAGAGGACAAGCGGCUGAAGCAAUUCAACCUGCGAUACUCCUGCUCGCGCGAUGUGUACGAGAAGUACCACAAGGGUCCUGGCCAGGAAACCAGAGUGACAGAGAGCAUGAAAGCCUGGAGCACUUGUCAGUAUUCGUCACGCAAUGUGUUCAGGAAGGUUGAGCACGACUGGAAGAUGACCUACUUGGCGAGAACGGAGGACACCAGCGAAGCCUCCAUUGAGUGGAGAUUCGACUUCACUGCGCAGGAUCUGCGGAUCUCCAGCGUCUUCAUCAACUUCGAGUCGAAAGUCUACGAGAACGGCAGGAUUUCUCUGCUCUUCAUGAACGAAAGCGGCGAGAUUGUCCGGGACGUGCUGAAGCUGAGGAACUCCCGGAAGUUUGUCGUGAAGGCGGUUCUGAGUGGCGGAAAAGGCGACGUCGCCUGGCAACACACGCAGUUGUUCAGACAGGAGCUGCACUGUCCCAAAUAUCCUUUUGAGCUCUGCAUAAACUUCUUCUAAUGUGAUUCUUGCACACUUUCCAAGGAUUUAUUUGACGAAUUCCAAGAUUUCGGAGAUUGCGAAAUAAAAUAUUUGGACGCGAAAGAAAAUUUUAGUUAAUGCUUUGCUGUGUCGAAAAAAUAUAUUGGAAAAUUCAUCUAGUUUCACUUCUCUUUUACUCGCUUCGUUUCUGUUUAUAUCAGAAAUUGUUUAAUUCAUUCUUUGGCUGCAUGUUUAACUUGCAGAAGAAAACAAAUUUGAGCACAAAACCUGGAGAAAAAUGGAGACGCUUUAGUUGAAAUCUUACUCUUGGACGGAAAUCGGCGCUGUGUCUUGAAUCUUAUAUUCUUCCUUAACAAAGCUUUCCGGGUCUUCCUGCUCAUCCUUGAUCGCGAUCUCUUGAUCCAUCUCUUCGUCGUUUGGGAAAACUUGAGAAAACUAAUGAACGCGUUCCGCUAUGCGUCGUCGCGAAAAUGAUCGUGUAGAGCAACUGACCCUAUAGCAAAACGUUCAUCUGCUUUGG